GUAUACCGCAGUGGAUCUGCAAGUGGCGCACCCUCCGAUUACUCGGCCUCGGGGUGUUGACUGCCUCACACCACCACCACAACCACCAUCCCCUCCCAUCCAUACCCCAGCAACGCCAGACACCUUAACCAACCCUCCCACAGUAAAACACCCUGGGUGACCCCUCCAUAUUAAGACGACCCCAGCAGAGUGAUGCGGUAGCCAGAGUCACCAGCCGUUGGGACACGGGCUUCCUAAACAGCUGAUGGAGGUGAGGAAGAGUUGUCAGUGGCCCGCGUCCAUCCUCUCCACUACCGUCAGUUUUUACCCACAAAUUGCUUUGUUCGAGCUAUGAAAUUGAAGGAGGGGGAAAUGGAUGAGCACUUGCGUCAGCCAUAUGAGGGCCAGUUGAUCAAAUUUACCAAUGUUGUCAAGGGCUGGCAGGCACGGUGGUUUAUUCUUAAUCCUGAAGUUGGAACCCUGGAGUAUUACCUGAGUGAGAGUGACAAACAUGAGAGAGCUCGUGGCAGCAUCCAGUUGGCAGGGGCUGUUAUUUCUCCAAGUGAUGAAGAUUCGUAUACAUUUACUGUAUCUCCUGCUGCAGGAGAAUCUUAUAAGCUACGAGCCACUGACACCAGGGACCGGCAGAUGUGGCUUAAUCGACUAAGAGUUGUGGCUGAAAUGCAUACACGAGCGAUAGCACAUAAUCACCCACCCCUAGCCCCGCGUGAGCACCGCACACCAGGGAGCAGCAAUGCUGGCAGCACAAACCAGGCUGCAUCACCUCCACCCAUGGGAUUGGCAGUUUUGGAUGCCUUCACACAGGUAGCUGAGGUGCUGGAGGAAGCUCGCAGACAACACUCGGCACUUGUAACAGCCAUAGAGGAUAUGCCUUCUUAUGGUUCUGGGAUGCGGUGCACAGAACCUAAUCUCCUCCUGUUGAAAGCCACAAGUCAAGCCACACUGCUGUGUCUUGACCAGUGUCUUGGCGUGUUGCGGACACAGCACAUGUCUGCUCCUCACCAUCAACCAUCACCUCCAGUCACCAGUGUCAAGGUGGGGAGCCUUGGGGGUCGCAGUUCCCCUCGAUGCUCUCCCCUCUUGGGACGUUCACCACGUUUCCACCGGCGCACGGCUUCGGAUGCAUCCUCUGCAUUUCUUCAACGACGACGCUCAUCUCCUACUCCUACACGUCUUGGAUCACCGUCUUUGCGCUCCACGUCUCCUUCUCUGCGUGCACGAACAGCUCCUCACUCGCCCACUCCUGGCACAACUCAGGGUGUCAGUGGGACUCUUACAUCCAGUCUCACUGGUCAACCAUCAAUGCCUCUUCCUUGCUCUCUGCCUGCGGAUAUUCAAGGAACUGGCAAUUCUCGCUCCUCCUCUGUUACAUCGGUUACUCCAAUAUCAACUCCUACUCCACCUCCAAUACAAUCAAGAGCAGGAACAAGUGAAAAUGAAUCUGAGAUUAGUGAUGAAGAGCGGCCAGAUGGCGAUGGUGAGCUUGGUGAAGUUGGAGACGGUCAACGGUCGGUAAUAAUGCAUAUUAUAUCCCAGCUGCGGCUAGGGAUGGACCUCACUCGUGUUACAUUACCCACAUUUAUUUUGGAGCGGCGCUCUCUUCUAGAAAUGUUUGCAGAUUUUCUUGGACACCCUGAUUACUUUGUCAGAAUUGGUGAAGCUAACAGCCCAGAAGAGCGUAUACAGCAAGUUGUGAAGUGGUAUUUAACUAGUAUUCAUGUUGGCCGAAAUGGAUCUGUGGCCAAGAAGCCAUACAACCCCAUUAUUGGAGAAGUAUUCCACUGUAGCUGGCGUAUUCCCCGCAUCUCGGAUUCUGCAUCGGAAAGCACCGAAACAUCCGAUUCUAAAUCAGCAGAGGGUAAAAAGAACUCCUCCUACAUCACUAUCAAAUUCUCUGCUGAACAAGUCUCCCACCAUCCUCCAGUGUCAGCUUUCUACUUUGAAUGUCCAGAGAAGCAGCUUAGUAUCAAUGCCCACAUCUGGACCAAGUCAAAAUUUAUGGGCAUGUCUGUUGGUGUUAAUCUGGUUGGCGACAUAACGCUUAUAAUAGGGAGCGUUCAGGAGAGUUACAGUUUGGCCAUGCCAUCUGCGUAUGCUCGCAGCAUUCUUACAGAACCCUGGGUAGAGCUAGGGGGUCGUGUCAACAUUUCUUCACCAGAAACUGGCUGUCAGGCUGUUAUUGUCUUCCAUACAAAGCCGUUCUAUGGAGGGAAGCUGCAUAGAGUUACAGCAGAAGUGAAAAAUGCUGUUGGAACAACACUUACUAGAGUACAAGGAGAGUGGGAUUCUGUAUUAGAGUUUGCCUAUGCUGAUGGAACUGAAGAGAUUAUAAAUGUGAAUGACAUACCAAUGGUAUGUGUGAAGCGUUUGCGGCCAAUAACCCAGCAGGCUCCUAAUGAGUCACGACGCUUGUGGCUUGAUGUGAGUGUGGCAUUGGCUCGUGGAGAUGUAGAGACUGCAACAAGUCACAAGAGAGCUCUGGAGGAACAGCAACGAAAAGAUGAACGUGAACGUGCAUCUCGAAAUGCAGAAUUUCCUACUCAACUCUUCAGCUCUCCUUUUGCAGACCACUGGGUUUAUAACCAUCUCCCUGCUUAUGCAUUUACUUCUUGUUCUAGUACAACUCAAAUUCAGUAGGGAAAUAUUCUGUAGUUAUAAUUUAUACUCUUACUCUGUAAACACACACACAUUAUAUAUAUCUAUACACACACAAUGCACAGUUAGCUUGACAGCUGAGUGGACAUCGCUCAGGAUUCGUAGUCCUGAGGUUCCAGGUUCGAUCCCCAGUGGAGGCGGAAA